AUGACAGAGUCCUCGUAUUCUGUCAAGACUGUCAACGGUCAUGACUUUCACCAGCCUGCGCACCUGCACAAGCCCUCCGCCGCCUUCCACCCUCACCAUGGCCUCGUCGCGCCCGAGACGCAGGAUGAGGACGCGAUAAGCUGCGUUUGUGGAUAUUUCGACGACGAUGGCUGGACGGUCGCCUGCGACUUAUGUAACAAAUGGCAGCAUCAAUUGUGCUAUUACCCACACUAUGAGGACAUGUCGCUGCCGGAAGAUCUUCAGCAUUACUGUAUCGACUGCCGGCCUCGAGUUGACCUCGACAUCGCAAGGGCGCGUCAACGACAGUCGACAAGGAGACAAGAGCAAGUGCAAAUGUUGAACGGUGUCAAGCGCCAGCCUUCGAAAAGCCACAAGAAAAAGGUCAGGGAUGUGCCGUAUACCAAUGGCUGGCUACCGGACAAAGCGCGACACGAUAGGAACAGCGCCAGUCCCAGAGACCAACCACCACCUGCAAAACGACCCAAGACCAGUCAUCGGACUUCUGAACCGGUUGCUUCGAAUACCACAAAAGGCCACGCUCGCAAACGAACCGCUACCGCCUUGAACCGCCGACGGAGCUUGUCGAGGUCUCCGGACCUACCAGAUCACCUUUACUCGGAGGAAUUUAUCCAAUGCUACAAGAACGACGUUUGGAACGUGACAGACGCCAAUUUGCAUGACAGUAUUGCGAUAGCAAACGAGUUGUCUGUCUGGCUCACUACUGACCCGGAUGCCUUCCGCGAUCUGCAUGGACUACCACCAGAGGAGGUCUAUCGACGGUGGGACGAAGAGAUGGAUGACAUACCCAACAAAGCGCAUCUGGAGAUAGCGGAUGCUCCCAUCGACGAGCGCAUCCGCGACGACGACAACAAUGUCCUCACGUGGAAGACCAUCACCGUGAAGGAAGCUGUCGCUCAGGGUGCCUACCUUGGUGAGCUCAAAGGCCAUUUAGGCUCCAAAGACGACUACCGGCGCGAUCCGGGGAACAGGUGGUCCUCACUCCGCCAUCCGGAGCCGUUCGUGUUCUUCCACCCUCGACUUCCGGUCUACGUCGAUGCUCGUAAUGAGGGCACCGAGCUGCGCUAUGUUCGUCGUAGCUGUCAACCGAAUGCGGAACUUCAGAUACUGGUCACCGAAGGUUCAAUCUACCACUUCUGUUUUAUGGCGACAGAGCAGAUCGAACCGGGUACGGAGAUCGCGGUGGGCUGGGACACCCUCGACAGCCUCCCCACACUCCUGCGACAUGGCGAGAACAACAUGUCGCAGAAUGACAUGCGGCAGAUCAAGUCGUGGGUCAGCACCGUGCUCGCCAACUGUGGGCCUUGUGCAUGCCAACAGCAUGAGAACGACUGUUUGAUGCAUCGGCUUGAUCGGCGACGGGAGGUCGUCAACGAUGACGAAGACUCGGCAUCGGCAAAGGCACCCAAGUCGAAGAAGAGGAAGACAGGUCAACAAGUGUCGCCUUUGAACACACAUUUCAACAGCAGGUCCGGCAGUGAGGCUCACAAGGCCGAUCCCGAUGACGAACAGUCCGACUCGCGCUCCGUGUCUGGGUCUGCAGGGCCAGGAUCGGCCAGCCGUGACAUGACACCAAACACAUAUUACUCACACAAUGGGUCGCUCUCCACAGCGCCGGAGCUUUCGGAGCGAGAGCGGAGGAAGGUCGCGAAAGAGGAGGAGAUGUUCGCGCGACAGGCCGAAGCACAAACGGGAAAGACGGGCAAGAAGAAACGGAAUAGCGGCGGCUCGACAUUGAACACGCCAAGCGCAACGUCUUCCAGACACUUCACCUACCCUGGUCCAUCGAAGUAUGCGGAUGCCGGAACCUCGAAGCAGAACGGCAUGCCUCCCGCGAAACCGGGCCGCAAACCCAAGAGCAGUGAUGCACCGAAGCCGACGGCUGAGAGUGCUGAAAAGACAAUCCGGCCACAGUACACCAACUCAGAGGUUCAAUGCGACAUGGACAAGGAAGAGGCGGAGAAGCGCGCACAGAAUCCACUACCUCAGAGGCGGUUCGUCCCGCUGAGGCAACGGCUGCUACAACGGUGCGUGCUUGAUAACGCCAAGAGGCAGCGGCCUGCUGUCGAAUCUCAUACACCGCCGGCAUCCAAGCCUGAUGACCAGAUGGAAGUCGACCAGCCGAAGGUCUCGAAGUCACCAUCACCAGCACCAGUCAGCAGCGCAAGAGUGGCACCAACCUCGACACCGCCGCAGACGCCGCCAACACUGGAGGACGACCCGAAGCCAGACUCAGCGGACGACGUCGUGAUGGAAGACGUUACCUCCGUUCAAUCGAUCGCGCCGCCUGUGUUGCAUGACCUUAGCAACCACGGAGCCGAAUCAAAGCCUUCGCCGCCCGCCAGCCCGGACAUCACGUCGCCUUUGCCUAAAGAGCCUGUAGCCCCGCCAUGGCCUUCGGAAUCCGCUCAUCACGCUCAGGAGUUGACAGCCCAGCCAUCCACGAACAGCAAGCCUGCCGACAUGCAACUAAAGAUGCCUCCUCCGCCCAUAAAUCCCUUCGCUCAACCCAGUCAAGCCUCUGCGUCGAGCCCAGCGUUGUCCGCUGGCCUCACUCAGUCUCCGGCAUCCUUGACCGCACCCGGGCCACCGAUGUUCUCACCUUCCGUCACCGCGGCUGUCACGCCCAGCCCCGCCAAGAAGAAGAUGAGCCUGAGCGACUACACGAAGCGGAAGACCCAAGCCAAAGACAAGGAGAACACCGACACAAGAAUGGAGAGGGAUAGCUCGCCGGCUUCUGUUGCAUCUGGGCCGGUCGUGCCACCUUUGACGGCUGAAGGGAGUAUGGCGAGCCAAGCCAUUGACGACGAUGCUGGCGAUGGCAUGAAGUCCUGA